AUGGCUGAAGGUGGAACCUCUCACGAUAUUCCCGACAGUCCCGGACCUCCCAGGGAAGCCCGGCUGUUAGAUUGUCCGAUUUGUCUGGAGCAGCUGCACGAACCAAAGUCCCUCCCGUGUCUUCAUUCCUUCUGUCAGGAGUGUCUGUCCACCUUUAUCACCAAAGACCUGUCGGGGAAGAUGGCGUCGGCGACUGCCUUCCCUUGUCCUGUGUGUAGGAAGAUGACACAGCCUGUCAACCCGUCUGAGGACAAGGAGAAAUGGGCUCAACAAUUCCCAGCCAAUGCAAUAGUGAAAGAUCUGGUAAAGGAAGCGACAAUGGAACCGAUGUAUUGUAAACCUUGCGGAGGGAAAGGGAAUGCUGGGAUACCGGCAGCGAUCUGGUGUAAAAUAUGCAAUGUGUUCUUUUGUGAUACAUGUAAAGUCGAUUUUCACGAUUGGAUUCACAAAGAAUGUGAAACAGUAGAUGUAACACGGAAGGAAGGAUUUGUUCAGCGACAAGUAACAGAACAGAUCCGAUGUGAAAAACACACAAAGAAGAUGUGUUAUUAUUGUGAGGAUCAUCAGAUACUUGGCUGUAGUAGAUGUAUCACCAUAGACCACAGGCGAUGUGACGUAGUGACAACGACACAGGAAUACUGUGACAAACUGAAGACGGAGUCACGACUGGAGGAUCGAAAAGAAUCACUACAGAAGACAAAGGAGGCUAUCAAGUUGCUCGUCAAAACAUUUGGCGAGAAACUUCAAAUCCUCCUAGAAGAUCAAAAUUCUGGAUUUGACAGUUUAACAGAUCUGCGAAAACAGGUCGACCUACAACUUGACGCCUUGCAGAAGGACAUCACAGACAAACUGGUAUCAUCUUAUAAACAAGAAAAGGAAAAUCUGGACUUGUCUAUGCAGAAAUGUGAACGUCUGAUGUCAUCCAUUGAGAACACAGUAGAAAGCUCCGAGACAGCUGUUCAGAGGAAUGAUAGCGUAAACACAAUCUUGAUGUAUCAGAGAGGCCAGGCGGAAAUGGAGUCCUACCAGAACCUGAUCACGGAAAUAAGGAAGUCUUUCGCUUCUGUCAGAAUAAAACAUGUCGUCGAUCUCAGUCUGGUCAGGUUGGAUAAGGAUAGUCCACUGUCGUUAGGAAACGUCAUUAUAGAGAGAAAAACAGAACAGCUCCCAAAAGGAAUAAGUACCACGAAGUCUUUAUGCGAAUGUGACGUGAAGGAGGUAGGCAAGUUCAGCAUCAAGUGUCCAUCAGAUGGACGCGAUUGUGAUGCAGCUGGUAUUGUUUACUUACCUGAUGAUCAUAUCGUUGUAGGAGAUUACAACAAUAACAAAAUAAAGUUAUUUGCAGCUUUAGGGAAAUGUUUGGAUCAGAUGAAUGUUCCGGGAAAACCGAUUGAUCUAUGUUGUAUAGAUUAUGACACUGUAGCGGCCGCUAUCUACAAUUCAGAAAUACACAUAAUCAAAGUGAACCAUGCAAAACUAACUUUGUCUUCCAAAAUAAAACUUUCUAACGGAGCACACCCACGUGGUAUCACUUACUCAAAUGAGGCGUUUACAGUGAGUACUCCGACCGAUGUGUAUAGAGUCGGUAAGGAUGGGGUUUCGAACAAAAUUGCUUCCUAUCCAAAUGGCUGCUAUCAUCUUGCGUGCGACCCAAGGACAGGACACAUCUAUGUAAGUCAAUGGACAUCCAAGGCCGGCGAUGUAGCUGUAUACAGACUGUCAGACGGUAAACUUACAAGCAUAUCAAAAGUCGGUAUGCUGAAGGACGCGUGUGGGGUAGACGUCGACAGGGACGGCAAUGUGUACGUGUGUGGGAGGGCGUCAAAUAACGUGGUACAGAUGCCAGGUGACGGAACAAACGUCAGAGAGCUGCUGACGUCAUCAGACGGUGUAGGCACACCAAGGGCGAUAUCUGUGUGUGGGAACACAUUCGUGGUUACAAAUGAAUCAAAGAACAGUAAUGAAGUGCGCGUGUUUGAACUUUACUGA